AGGACAUUUUAGCGUCCCGACAGGCUUUGGUCGGGACUCGGGACAUUAACUUCAAAAUCGGGACUGUCCCGGUCAAACCGGGACGUAUGGCCACCCUAGAGUAGAGACUAAUGGAUGGCAGCAAUACGCCAUAGAUGCGUCUAGCCCUUGUAUAUAUGUCAAUGGUCUAGCCUGCCGGAAACAAGAAGAAGAAGUUGGCCACGGCAGGUAGGGGAACGCGGAAGUGAGGAGCAGGUGAUUAAUGUGGGCGGUGUUCAGGCUCAGGUGAUUGGAGCUGGAUCGCUGGAUUCUUCCAGGAUCAUACCAGCGUUAAUAUGAUCACUGGUCUACCGGGACGUUUAGUCUACUACAGAAGAGACAAGACAACAGAAAUAGGGACGCGAAAAAGUAAAUGGUUUAAUGGAGAAGGGGAGGAGAUGCUUAGAACGCACCUUUAUCUACAUCCUGGUAGCAGUGAUAAUCUUCUUCAUCUUUCUCAACUGUAACCGGGAGUUGAACGUGAACAGGGCUAAUCCAAGACCUCCAUCAGCACCAGAGCCACAAUGGGAGGAUCCUGGGCCGUAUCAUGUGGCCUAUCCACGAGACUACAAGUUUAUCAUGGAUGACACGCGGACGUGCAAGAACACCACUCCUUUCCUGGUCCUGAUGGUUCCGGUCGCGCCCGGUGACGUGGCAGCUCGGGACACCAUCCGGAAGACGUGGGGAAAUGAGAAACUGGUUCUGGGUCAGCUGAUCGAGACUCUCUUCAUACUGGGCCGACCGGGGGGAGCUGAUGCUGAGCAGCAGCAGGAGAAGCUCAAACAGGAGAACCUGCAGCAUCAUGAUCUGAUCCAGAGUAACUUCCGGGACAGCUACCGCAAUCUGACCAUCAAGACAAUGGUGAUGCUGGAGUGGCUGGCUGUGCACUGUGCCGAGGCUUCCUAUGUCAUAAAGAUUGACUCCGAUAUGUUACUGCAUGUCCCGAAUUUGGUUAAACUGUUGCUGGAUCCCAAAACGGCCAAACAAAACUACAUGACAGGUUUGGUGUGGUGGAACAGCCCGGUUUUGAGAAACCCCUUCAACAAGUUCUACAUGCCAACAAACGUGAUUGCUGAGCCACAGUACCCUCCAUAUCCUCUGGGCAUGGCCUACGUCAUGUCCCUGGACCUGCCUGCCAAGAUCCUGGUAGCCGCUCCUCAUAUUAAACCGAUCUUCAUAGAAGAUGCCUACCUGGGUAUGUGCCUGAAAUACCUGGGCCUCUCCCCCACCGACCCUCCUGAAAAUAAUAUGUUCAUUGUGAAACCCGCACAUCCUCUGAGCAGCUGCAGCCUUUCAAAAGUGAUCGCCAUAACAACGACAAGCAUCUCACAGAUGACGUGUUACUGGGAGAGGAGCAGACUGCCAGAAGCUAAAUGUUAAACUUUUGUCUUGUUUACCAACACUGAAUCGGACAAAUAUUGUACAGAAAUUAAAAUUGUGCAUAUUUAUUUUGUUUGCAGACAUGGAAGCUCCUUGGUUGGACAGAAAUUGUUUGUUUUUUUUUGUUCAAAAGACAAAACCGAUUUUGACCAAAUGCCUUCUUGUUAUCAAAUGUGCUUCACAGCCAGCUGGGCUUUUAGAAUUUCCUGAGCUGUAUCAGCUCUCACACAGUGAAGAACAUCUGCUGUAUUCUAAACUUAAAAUAAACUGAGUUUGGUGGGUUAUCUCCUGAAAAACUCCUAACCCUGGG